AUGAAGUAUGCCCUUCUCACCGCAGCACUGGCUCUGGCAGCCGGUGCCUCCGCCGCCGCUGUGCCCGCGGCGGUUCAUACACGCGAGUCCACGACGGACUACAUUCCCGACUACUUCACCGGCGGGUGCACGAAGGAGCAGAUGACCACUCGCAAGGAAUGGCGGCAUCUGACCGGCCAGGAGCAGAGCCAUUUUCUGGACUCCCUGCAGUGCCUGAUGGAGAAGCCCGCACAGUCCGGGCUGACGGCGACGACCAGCCGCUUCAGCGACCUGCAGGCCCUGCACCGCGGCAUGACCAACACCGCCUACGCGGACAUCAUUCAUCAUGUGGGCCAGUUCCUGCCCUGGCAUCGCUACUACAUGCACAUCUACGAGACCCUGCUCCGCGACGAGUGUGGUUACACCGGUUCGAUUCCAUACUGGAACGAACAGCUCGACGCCGACAGCGGCAACAUGUUCCAGUCCUCCAUGUGGGGCCCCGACGCCUUCGGGGGCAAUGGCACCGGGUCUGGCCUCUGCGUGACGGACGGCCGCUUCGCCAACAUGACGCUGCACAUCGGCCCCGGCGACGAGGACACGGACUACUGUCUGCGGCGCGCGUGGGACAACGAGGCCGCUAUCGCCAACGCGAACAGCACGGCCUUGAACGCCUGCAACGCCUACAACACGUACGCGCCGUGGUGGAAUUGCGUCUCCAAUAUCCCGCAUAAGGGGGUGCACACGAAUAUCGGAGGGGUGAUGGCGGACAUCAAGUCCUCCCCGGGCGACCCGAUCUUCUUCAUGCACCACGCGUACAUCGACAAGGUAUGGUGGGCGUGGCAGAAGGCCGACCCCCUCAACCGCAUGUAUGAUAUCAGUGGGCCGACCUUGAACCACACGGCGAAUGUCGAGCCCGCCGGCGGCUGGCAGAACGCGACGCUGCACUACGAGCUGUCUUCGUUUGAGAUCCAGCCUAAUGUCACGAUCGGGACGGUCAUGAACACGCAGGGUGGCUAUCUGUGCUAUGGGUACGAUUGA